AUGGAUCCAAGCAACCCGAACAACAAAAACAACCCGCCACAAACCCCAUGGACGACACCCGUUGAUCCGAUGUGGGCGACUCCACAACUUUCUUUUACAAGCUACAAUCAAGUUCCUAAUGCGUUCAACCAACUCCCUCAAAUCCCGACUCCUAACGCGUUCACGCAACUCUCUCUAACCCCGAAUCCUAACGAGUUCACGCAACUCCCUCAAACUCCGCAACCUACUAGUAAUAAUCAAAAGUCUGGUAGUUUUUGGAAGGAGGUUUGCAACAAAUUUCAUGCUUUGAUGCAAAAAGAACUGUACCGAAAAGUGAACUCAACGGGCUCAAAGUAUCGAGAGAUGAAUAAGAAGAUAUCGAUGUUUUGUGGUUAUUACAACAAUGCUCAUUCAAUUCGGCCAAGUGGGGCGAGUGAUGAAACAGGGGCGUCAGUUUCUAACGAGGUAGCAAGAGCAAAGAGAUUUAAAACACUCGAGUCGAUAGAGCAUAGUGUCGGUGAUUCGGAUGUGCGUUGUCAUAUUAAUAUUAAUGAUGAACCCGAGAUUGACGAUGAAGUGAUGGAGAUUCCGGAAAUGAAGCCCACAAAUGGUGCCCACGAUAGGUUGAUGGCCGAUUACUUUGCCGAAAACCCGAUAUACACAGAUGAAAUGUUUAGGCAUCGUUUCCGAAUGAGCCGUCGUCUUUUCUUACGUAUAGCCAACGAUUUGGCUAAUUAUGACCUAUUUUUCACAUUAAGAUGGGAUGCUACAGGUAAAAGGGGAUUUACCACUUUACAAAAGUGUACAUCGGCAAUUCGCCAAUUGGCUUACAGUACAAGUAGCGACAUGUGGGAUGAAUAUUUGAAGAUAUCUGAUAGAACUUCACGAGAGACUUUGUAUCAAUUUUGCAAAGGGUUGGUCAAACUAUACACACAGAGUCCUUACGAAGGCCAACAAAGAAUGACAUCAUAA